AAUGUGGAAACCCAGGAGAAAGAGGAGCAGAAUUUAGGAAAAGCCAUAAAACUAGUGAAGGGUAAAGUAGGCAAACCUAAAGUGAAGAAGAUGAACCUGGAGGAGACCAUGCCUUCACCGUUUGGCCGCAGGGUGGACCCUCCGACCCAGCCGAUCAAAUCUGAUGCAGCCAAGAAACUGACCAAAAAAAAGAAGAGUGACUCGGACCCUGCAGUGAAGCUGGAGUUUGAUGAUGAUGGAGACGGACCAGCUGGAGACAACGCUGUACCCAAAGCCAAAGCUCCGCGAGCAAAGAAAGAGAAGAAAGAGCCUGGAGCUCCCCGAGUGAGAAAACCUGCUGCACCCAAAGCUGCCUCAGCUAAGAAGGUGAAGAAGAGAAACCCCUGGUCUGAUGACGAGUCCAAAUCUGACAGUGACCUGGAGGAGAACGAGCCCGUCAUUCCCAGAGAAACCAAGUCUCAGAGGGCUUCAGCCUCCAAGCCCAAAUACACAUUUGACUUCUCAGAGGAGGAAGAGGAGGAGGAGGCAGAUGAAGAUGAGGAGGAGAAUGGUGACAACGAAGCGGCCUCGUCUCCCGUGAGGUCGGUCAAAAAUGACUUCUCAGACACCAAGGAGCAGCUCAGUGACCCAAACGAUGAAGAGGAGAACAGUGAGGACUCUCCACAGAAGAAGAGCACGUCGGCGCCUGCAGCUAAGAAGAAACUGAGCAGCAGCGUGUUCUCCUCCAAGUUCUCUGAGAAGAGCAACGACAGCGAUGGGUCCAAGUCCGACAGCGACGAUGGUGGUCCGGUGUUCUCCACCUACUCCAGCAGCUCAGCGUUUGACAAACUGACCGCAGCAAAGAAAGCAGCUAAGAAGGCCUCUGAUGCAGCUCCCAGACCGAAGAAACCAGCAGCACCUAAAGCAAAGAAACCAGAUAAAUCCAUCUGGGAUUCUGAGUCCGACACAGAGUCCAAGAAAACAGCACCAGCCCUCAAAGAUAAAGGUCGGGGGAGAAAGAGGAAGGGCUCUGGAUCUGAAGACGAGUACAGUCCCAUGAAGAAAGCUGUGAAACCUGUUGGCAGAAAACCUCAGAAACCUCCAUCUGAUGACGAUGAUGAUGAGGAGGAGGAGGAGGAGGAGGAGGACAACCAGGGCUCUGUCAGAGCUCCGUCCAGGGAGCGGCCGGGCCGAGCCAGGAAGCAGGUCAAGUACUUCCACGAGUCGGAUAACGAGGAGGAGGAGGAGGACGACGACAUGUUUGAUUAAAGUCCUCUCUGCUUGUUUGGAAGUUCUCCUGUGUUCCACUCAAUUUUCUACUUCUGUUUUAUUUGAACCUUUCAUUAAUGGUGGUGUUUAAUGUAUUUUUUUAACGUGUAGUUGUUUUACACUUUUUAUUAAUAUACAUAUACAGGCCUGUUUUUUUAUGCUCAUUGAACCGUUGUGUAUUUGUCUGAAGCAGCUUGUAGAAGUUUAGAGCGCUGUUCUUUAGCACAUUUUAACUGUUAAGAUGCUGAUGUGACUUUUUAAACAUGAAGUUGAAGUAAAGAAUGAAAUGUUGACA